CCAGAAAGGAGCUGGGCUGCGGACUGCGGGGAACCAGGCAGCUGGAGCCCACCGAGGAGACGGCUCUGCGUUCACGGCGGCCGGGGCUCAGCCGGACGGUGCGCGAGCCAUCCCUUGGCGCACCGGUCCUCGGCGUUGGUAAGUGCUCAGUGGGCCGACGACCCUGCCCCCCUCUGUGGCCGCGCGCCGCUCACGGAUCGGGCACCAUGAAGUCCACAGUCUUUUUCUCCUGUGCAGCGCCCCGGUCGGAGGGGGCUGCAGCUGGGCCGAGCUGUCGAGCCGCCGCAAUCACCGGGCGCUGCCUGUAGAACGUCUGGGCCGGCAGCCCGGCUGGAGCCUGGCCAGUGCCUGAAUCUUGCGCCCGCACCGCAGACGGCGCCGGGCCCCCGACUCCGAAGAGGAGAAGGAGGGUGGUCGUCCGGGGAGCCCCCUCCGGUGCGCCAUGGAGGCAGAGGCCGCAGCUCUCUCUCAGGAGCCCCCUGCCGAACCCAGCUGCAGCCUCGGUCACCUGUUUAGUAGCCGUAAGCUGUUGGCCGUGGGGGCCGUGCUAGGCUGGCUCCUGGUCAUCCACCUCCUGGUCAACGUGUGGCUUUUGUGCCUUCUGUCUGCGUUGCUUUUGGUGCUGGGAGGAUGGCUGGGCUCCGACGCCAUCGUGGGGGCUUCAAGUCGGCUGCACCUGGAACGCUUUAUCCCGUUGGCCAUCUGCCCCCCAAACCCCGAGGCCGAGAGGCAGCUGGAGCAGGAGAUCGACCGCACCAUCCGCCUGAUCAUGCGGGAUUUUGUGUCGUCCUGGUACCGCACAGUGAGCCAGGAGCCGGCCUUUGAGGAGGAGAUGGAGGCAGCCAUGAGGGGUUUCGUGCAGGAGCUGCGGAGGCGGAUGGCCGUGGUGGACCGCCAUGCUCUCGCCCAGAGGGUUCUGACGCUUUGCGGUUGCCACCUGCAGAGCUAUAUUCAGGCAAAGGAGGCCACUGCAGGGAAGCAGAGUGGCACAGUUGAGCCCUCCCAGCUCUGGGAGGCCUAUUGCCGGACCACUGCCCCACAUCCUGCAGUCCAGAGCCCCAGUACUGAAGUCACCUAUACACGUGAAAUUGUGGACCUGUUGCUUAAAGGGUUAGUGCCAAAGCCCCACUUGGAGACCCGGACUGGCCGCCAUGUAGUGGUGGAACUCAUCACUUGCAAUGUGAUCUUACCACUGAUCAGCAAGCUCUCAGAUCCUGACUGGAUUCACCUUGUACUCGUGGGCAUCUUUUCCAAGGCCAGAAAUAAUCCAGCUGGAGCAAUGAAACCCCUCUGCCAAGCCAGUACCCUGGAACAGCCCUCAGUGCCCACAUCUCUGCCCCUGAUUGUUGAGGUGCAGAGUCUACCAAAAGUGAGAGCCCCUUCUCCAGCAGCAGUCCCAGUGCUCCUGAACUGCAGUGAGCCAGAUGGACCAUCACACCUGUCCCCAGAAGUUGAAGAAGGCCGUGAAGCACUAGAGGGAGACCUGGGGGUAGUGCUAGAAGAAAGAAGAGUAGGAAACAACCCUUCUCAUUUCCUACAACCAGGUAUUCCAGGCCCUCUGUUCCUGUCUGAAGACGCAGAGCUGGAGUCUCCACUGUCUGAACUGGGCAAAGAAACCAUCAUGCUCAUGACCCCAGGCAACUUCCUCUCUGACAAGAUCCAGAAUGUCUUGUGUGUCCUAGGAGGUUCCCACUCCCUAGAGGCUAAGGAUGCUGAGGGAUCCGAAGGAGUCGAAGAAGCAGAAGCUGAAGAGGGCCCAGGAACAGAAACGGAUUCGGGCCUGCUUGUCUCCAUGCUCAAUACCUGCCCAGAGAUCCACAUUGACACAGCAGACAAAGAGGUAGAACAAGGAGAUGUCACCUCUCUUGCAGCUUUGCUGGCCAGUCCAGAAAGGACAUGCCCACCACGACCUCCGUGCUUAGAGAAAGAACUCACCAAUGAUGUGAGCACCCUCGAUCCUAGUCUGCCUCAGGUUCUGCUUUCCUCCUCUCCACCUGGUCCCCUCAGCUCGGCCACCUUCAGCUUUGAGCCCCUGAGUAGUCCAGAUGGCCCUGUUGUCAUCCAGAACCUUCGUAUCACCGGCACCAUUACUGCUCGAGAGCACAGUGGCACCGGAUUCCACCCAUACACGCUCUACACGGUGAAGUAUGAGACGGCCCUUGAAGGCGAGAGCAGCAGCGGCCUUCAGCAGUUGGCCUACCACACCGUGAACCGCCGCUACCGCGAGUUCCUGAAUCUGCAGACCCGUCUGGAGGAAAAAUCCGACCUACGAAAGCUCCUCAAAAAUGUGAAAGGUCCUAAAAAGCUCUUUCCGGAUCUUCCGUUCGGAAACAUGGAUAGUGACAGAGUGGAAGCCCGCAAGAGCCUCUUGGAAUCAUUCCUGAAGCAACUCUGUGCCAUUCCUGAAAUCGCUAACAGCGAGGAGGUACAGGAGUUCCUUGCCCUGAACACAGAUGCUCGUAUCGCCUUUGUCAAGAAGCCAUUCGUGGUCUCCAGGAUAGACAAGAUGGUGGUGAGCGCUAUCGUGGACACCUUGAAGACAGCAUUUCCUCGCUCCGAGCCCCAGAGCCCCACCGAGGAGCUGAGCGAGGCCGAGACAGAAAGCAAGCCCCAGGCAGAAGGCAAGAAGGCUAGCAAGUCCAGACUGAGGUUCUCAUCCAGUAAAAUUGCUCCAGCACUGAACAUAGCUGAGGCACACGAGAAAAUUCUCUAUUGUCUCCAGGAAGGCAGUGUGGAGUCAGAGGUUCUCUCCAUGUCUGGGAUGGAAUCCUUUAUUGAAAAACAGACAAAGUUACUAGAAAUGCAGCCAGCAGAAGCCCCAGGAAAAGACUCUGAACAAAUCUCCAAGGAAUGUGUGGAUGGUUUCAAGGCAGAGGCAGCUGUACCAGCCCAAGACCUCAGCAACAAUGACGCAGGAGCAGAGACAGCGUUGGCUAACACAGCCCUGGACCUGCUUCUCUUGCUGCUGAUGGAACAGUGGAGAUGGCUGUGUACAGAAAACGUGCAAAAAGUUCUUCAUCUUAUCUUCGGGACCCUAAUUCAGAGGUGGCUAGAAGUGCAGGUAGCUAACCUGACCUGUCCGCAGCGCUGGGUGCAGUACCUCCGGCUUCUUCAGGAGUCCAUCUGGCCUGGCGGGGUUUUGCCUAAGUAUCCUCGGCCUGUGAGGACCCAGGAGCAGAAGGUGGCUGCUGAGGAACAGGCUUUGCAGAGCCUGAUGGGAGUCCUGCCAGAUAUUGUUGUGGAAAUCCUGGGUGUGAACAAGUGCCAGCUGAGCUGGAGUCUGGUUCUGGAGUCGCUGCAGCAACCCCUCAUCAACAGGCAUUUGAUUUACUGCCUUUGGGACCUCAUCCUGGAAUUCUUGGAUCUCAGUGCCUCUGUUGAGGAGUCUGCCAUGACCACCUCUGCCUCAGAGACCCCAAGCAACCCCAAGAAGAUGGGCGUCUCCCCUUAGCCAGAAGUCAUUCACCCAUUUCUUUGAAGUCAGGAAGGGAGAGUGACUCUGCCCCCCAGGACCAGUCAGAAGCAGGGCUGUGCCUCUGGAGCAGGGCUUGGCUCAGAAGCCUGGGAUCUCGGUGGCACAGGUCUCCCCCCACCUACACCGCGUCUGCAGCAGGUGAUGGGGUCUACGUACCAGUUGCAUGCAUAUCCGUUCCCAUGCCUUUGUGAUGGUGUUUAGACUGUUGGUGGUUAGAUCCUGCUGCCUUUGGAAAAGGAAGCUGUGAGGCAGAGGAAGGAGCCCCUUUGGCCUCGCCUUUGCCCUCCUCUCUAAGGCUGUUUGCCGACAGCCUGGCCCUGCGCAUACGUGUGCUUGACCCCUGGGGCAAGCUCUAGCUAGACUGAGAAAAGAGCGAUGGCCGUGUGCUCCUGGAGGAGAAGUCUUCUGAGUUCUCUGUCCCCACCAGGAAACUAAAAAUUCAUUCAGAACCACUCUUGAGAGCCAGAGUCCUAGUCCUGUCUGGUCUCCCAACAACUCCACAAGAGGAGGGAGACCUUUCUCAAGACAGUCCUUGCUCGUUGGCUAGUUUCCAACACAUCAGCCCUAUAGAGGAUGUCACCGAAGCCUGCUUCCCACAGUGGCUACCCUUUUCCUAUCCAAGAGACUUCAAAGCAGUCUGCCGAAGCUUCUGGUAGGUCCACUCUUUCCUGCAAGAUAGUUGCACCACAGAUUUUAUUUAUUCGCUUCCCUUCUAACCCCCUCCCUAAGAGCAGUUGAGUUCCGGCCCCUGUGGCCUUCUCUGUCUUCCUUCAGCGAAGUCGUGUGGCGGGUUACAUAUUCAAGCCCAGUGCUUCGCAAGGGAAGGGAAGAACUUGCUCGGCUGAGAAUGCCCGCAGGAGCGAGGGCUUCUCUUCUUCACAAGUCUCCAACAGGGAGCAUUUCAUCUGAACCAGUACCAUUAGCAGACGUUCCCACAAGAAGCUGUUUCCUUCCUGCUCCUUCAGGAUCUGAGGAGUCGUGAAGGACACCAGUGGUGAAAGCAGGGGGCAGCAUUCAGUAGAAGCACGGACGAUGGGGAGAAAUCGGUGGCAGGAAGGAGGACAGAGAGCGGGGCCAGGUGCCACAGGAGGUCUUGCUGAGGCGCUUGUUCACGCCUGUCCCUUCCGCUUGCACUUGGGGGGGCGCGCUGCUUCCACUGAGCUGUGGGCCCCCCCUGCUUGGAGGGGGGGCCUUGGGUUUAGGCUGGCGAGAAUGGGGUGGGUCUAGGACAAGCGUCAAGAUCCUCUUAGACUCUAAAGUAGGUGAUGCACACACAGUUAAAAUGGUUCACGGGAGAAAGUUGGGAAACCUUUUUGCUUUAACCCCUUUCCAGGGUUGGGGGGCAGCUUGUAACCAUCAAACAUGUUCUGGUGUGACUGGGAGGUUUUCGAGGUCCUGUUCUUGCCGAAAGGCAGGGAGAUGAAUGAGGUCAUGUGACUUGGGACCUUCGAGCCUUAAAAGGUGAUUGUUACAGUGACUUUAUGGCUCCAAAGUUCUCCAAGCACCUCCCCAACUAGAAGUCGCAGCAGAAGCAGCUCAGCAUCUCUGCCUCUGGCAGGUGUCUGCAGGAUGAGGGAUCGCGGGGAGCCCAGCCUGGACUGCCGCUGCCCCUCUGCCCCCACCGCCAGGGCCCCACUGCUCCAGGAAGGGUGGGGGCACCCCUGUUCUCUGCCACCCUUCUCUCCCCACGCUUUCCUCUCACAUGCACUCGCCACCUAUAUCGCUUUGAAUCUCUGCUCCUAGAUGUGGCUCAGAUGUGGCCCAAACCCGGUACACAGGCUAGCACAUGUUAAAGCCCUUACAACUAAAUUCUAAGGAAACUUUUCACACUUUGAGCCCAAAGAAAACCUCCUUGUAUUUCAAAUUCUAUAAGAGACCCCACCUCUACUCUCUGCCCCCAGAAGAUAAGUUCUCCUCAGACCCUCCUUCCUGGAAGGAAAAUAACGGAUAUCGCCAAGGAAAUAAGCAACACCCAUCUGGCUUUGAAACGACCUGCCAAGUUUAGGUAGCUGGUCUGGGCACACCAGGGAGAUGGGCAUUUGAGGGAGAGCCACAGGUCGCAGGAAACGAUGCUCCCAGCUGGGAGAGUGAGUGAUGAGUGAAGAACUGGACCCGACACUAACCUGGAAUAUCCAUGACCCUCCUCUUGCCCUCUCCAGCCCAUUCAUCGCCAGCUGCCACUCUUCCUUUGUGACUAGCACCCAGCAACAGUUACUAGGUCCUAGGCAGAGUGAAAACAUCAACAUGGCCCCUGGCUACACGCGUUAGGAUGCUUUAGGCUGAAGUACAAUUACUAAGUACAUUUAUUUUCUUCCAUAAAAUCAGUACCUGGGUGGGUGAGGCCCGGGGGCUGAUGGAUUCAGCAACUUUGCCCUCCUACAGGGGCCACAUUCUUCUCAUCUUGGUGCUCUGUCCUCAGAUGCCUGCCUUCAUGGUUGCUGUGGUUCAGGGCAUCACGUUCUUUGAGAACAACGUCAGGAAGGAACAGGGGCAAGGCUCCCAUGUUUUCUCUUAAAUAUGGAGGAAACCAUUUCCCAGAAGCCCUUCAAAAAUCCUCAGGACUCCCGGGCCAGAACUGCCCACCCCAGGCCUGUCCACUGACACUGAGGCUGCAUAACCAUAAUUGGCCUGUCGUAGUGUUUACCACCCGGAGAGGAGGUCACUCUAGUUAUUUUCCUGGAAGAAUAAAUAGAUGCUCGCAAGGAAGAAGCAGAGAGUGGGUGUUGAUAGAGUGUCUGUUGCAGGGGGUGUUCUGCCAACGUCACCACAGCCCCCAUGGGACACUGAAAAUAAGAGGAAUGUUUGCUGCAGGUACUCCUUGAAGCUCGUCCCAUGCAUUGACUUGCUUAACCCACGUGAGCCUGGUAAGGUAGUACAUCCCCAACUUACAGGGGGGACACGCGGCACCGAGCAGUGGUGACCUGCCACAGUCACAGCCAAGGUACAAAUCCAAUCAGUCCGCUCUCAAGCCCACCCGCAGAGCAUUGUGCUAAUCUGUCUUUCUCACAAAACAAGACAGGCUUUCGCUUUUAAGGAGGCUAUAUCUAGUAGAGGAAUCAGCAGACUUGGGCAAGGGGCAAGGAGUACACAUUUUAGGCUUUGUGGCCACAUGGUCUUUGUUGCACCUGCUCAGCUCUUCCAUUGUGGCAUGAAAGCAGCCACGGACCGUGUGGAUUCAGACAAUGGCUGUGUUGCACCUUAACUUCACCCACGCAGACCGGAGCAGGCCAGGGCUAGCCCGUGAACAGUUCCCAGAUGCCUUGUCUAGUGGGCGUUAGAACAGUGCUUGCUGAACUCGAGUGUGCCCAUGAGCUACCCGGGGCCGUGUAGAGGGCCUCGUGUGCUGCAUGUUAAGAAGCUCCCAGAGGUCCCAGGGAGAGGGUAGGCCUUUAGCAUCAGGGGCUAGAACAGACACCUCUUAUUGGCUGUGGCUCACGCACUACCAAGGCUACAGGGAGGGAACUUGAGAUUGGGGACCAGGGAGAGCCUGAGGUGGUAAUAUCUGUAUUGACUCCUAAAGAACUGAAAUCGCAUGGGGAGGUGUACAGGUGGAGCAAACGGUGAGCCAUGUGGGCACAGAUAAGGAGAGUAGUCACAGAAAGACAUACUGCAUGGCCCCACGUCCCAUGGUGGAGGGGGGGGGGGGCGGGGGGCGGUGCCUGGACUGGCAGGCUCCCAGAGACAGUGGAGUGGCGGUCCGGGGGCAGGGGCAGUGGAUGCAGAGUUUCCAAGAUGAGAGAGUUCUGGAGAGCUAUUCACAAGAGUGUGAGUGUACGUAACACUACUGGACUCUGCACUUUAAAAUGUUUGUGAUGGUAAAA